CUUUUGAGAUGGAGAAGCUGCAGAAACCGUCAGAAAAUAUUCGACAAAGGUUUACUAAGCAACGCAUAAAAACCUCUGAAAAUGAAGUUAAAGAAACAAAAAAGAACACCAAUGAUUCUGACAACAGAAAGAUAAUGACAAAAGAUAGUUUUGGUUAUGGUUCAUACUGGUUAACUCGAAUUGUCAUGUUACGUUAUAUUGGAUUUAUUUAUUUUGUUGCUUUCCUUGUUGCUCUACACCAGAAUAAGGAAUUAAUUGGAAACAAAGGUUUACUUCCAGCCAAUAAUUUCCUUAACAAAGUAAAGAAUUCAACAGGUGGUAUAAAUUUGGACACAUAUACUUGGAUUCCAAGUCUGGUUUGGAUGAUUGACUUUGAUACAGAUUUGGACUGGUUCCUGGAUGUUGUUGCUUAUGUUGGCCUUGUAUUGUCAUCAAUUGUCAUAUUAAAUGGGGGAGCUAAUUGGUUAAUAAUGGUGACACUAUGGAUAUUAUAUCAUUCCAUUGUCAACAUCGGCAGCACAUGGUAUGGAUUUGGAUGGGAAUCUCAGCUUUUAGAGACAGGAUUUUUGGCCAUUUUUCUAUGUCCUAUUUGCAAUGUGGCAUCAGUUCCUAAACACACUCCAACAUCCUGGAUUGUAUUGAUGGCAUACAGAUGGCUCAUCUUCAGGAUAAUGAUUGGAGCAGGCAUGAUAAAGAUCAGGGGAGAUCAAUGUUGGAGGGAUUUAACCUGUAUGAAUUAUCAUUAUGAGACGCAGCCAGUACCAAACCCAAUUAGUUACUUUAUGCACCAGUCACCAGAAGUUUUCCACAAGUUUGAGACAUUAACAAAUCAUUUUGUAGAGUUGGUUGUUCCUUUUCUACUUUUUUUACCACGCCGGUUAUGUAUGGUUGGAGGAGCUAUACAGAUAUUGUUUCAGGUUGUCUUGAUUAUAAGUGGUAAUUUAAGUUUCCUCAACUGGUUGACAAUAGUUCCUAGCUUGGCUUGUUUUGAUGAUGCUAGUUGUUCAUGGUUGUUCAGCAACAGUAGAAAUGGUGUUAAAUGGAAAGUUAGAGAAGUAGAAAAUGAAAUAAAACAUUCCAAACAACCACCAAGACUUGGUUGUUAUAUUAGACAAGUAUUUAAUUUGAGUUUAGCUGGUUUAAUAGCCUAUCUGAGCAUUCCAGUAGUACAGAAUCUUCUAUCACAGAGGCAGGCUAUGAAUACCUCAUUUGAUCCUCUUAGAUUAGUCAAUACAUAUGGAGCCUUUGGCAGUGUAACAAAAGAAAGAACAGAAGUUGUAUUUGAAGGAACUUAUGGUGAUCCUCAUGGUUCUACAGCUAAAUGGGAGGAGUAUGAGUUUAAAUGUAAACCUGGAAAUAUAACAAGGGCGCCAUGUUUAAUAUCACCUUACCAUUAUCGUCUGGACUGGCUCAUGUGGUUUGCAGCCUUUCAGAAUUAUCAGAGAAAUCCCUGGUUAAUUCAUCUUGGUGUCAAACUCCUAGCUAAUGAUGAAGAUGCUACAUCAUUGAUUCAAAAUAAUCCUUUUGAAGGAAAGUCACCUCCAAGAUUUAUAAGAGCAGAACAUUACAGAUAUAGAUAUACCAAAAUUAACAGCAAAGAAGCAAAAGCUGGAAAAUGGUGGAAAAGGACAAAAGUUGGAAGUUAUCUACCUCCUAUAUCAUUAGAUUCUGUCAAAGAUUUUAUGAAACAAAUGGAUUACACCAUGCCAAGAAUUAGAAAGAUGAGGAAGCAUUGAGAACAGAGAAAAUAAAUGAAGUUUACGUCUUUUUUCAUUGGAAUUAUUGGAGCCAGAUUGAAUAGACAUGUCACACAUGUCCAUUUUAUGUUAGGUGUAGACAUUAUUUAGAUAAACAAGUUAUACAUUUAAAGAUUUUCGUCAAACAUUAUUUUCAUGUUGUUUUUUUUUAAAUUUGGUGUUUUUAUUUUUGUUGUCACAUAAAAUUGUUGCUUUAGGGAUUUUUUUGACAAAUAAUAGGCUAUUUGUUUGAAUUAGUUUAAAGCUUUUUGUUAGAUAUGUACAGUAUACCAGGUGAUGAAUGUUUUAAUUGAUCUCAUUUCUUUGUUAACAGCAUAUAGAAUGCAACAAAAGUUUAUAUAUCAGGAUAAAUAGGGCAGCUUUUAUUUUUUAUUGACACAAAAGUUGGAAAGUCAACAUUUUUUUUGCCAAAAUUCAAAAGAUAUUUUUUUAAUGAGUUGGAUAAUUUCAAUAAAUUUAAUUGUUAUAACAGUUUUGUCGGACUGAAUCUCAUUGAUAAGAAUAGGCAUAAUUAUAAUACAUUUUAGUAUGAGUACCAGGGAGAAGGGUUUUAAAUUUUACUUUUAAUUCGCUUUUAAGCUUUUUAAAAAAAAUAUUUUGGUGAAGGUCUUUUGUCCGCAAAAUGAAUUCCCUUGUGAACUGAAAUACUUCUUACAUCACUGUAUGUAGUGGUUAAUUUAAUAAUGUGUUCAAUUAGUUAUUUUUUAAAAGAGGAAAUAUUUUUCACUGCAAAUAUGCCAACAUUUUCUAUGCAUUACUGAUUUAAUUGUUAAUUAUUUUGACUAUUUUGACAAUUAACAUGGAAAUUUAGAAACCGGCAUUGUUUAAAUGCAGGGACUUUUCUAAGUUUUGAUUUUGAUACAAUGACCAUAUUUACAUUCCUGGACACAUACUUUAUAAUUUUUUGAAGCAGCAGUUAUUGUCAACUAUUGAUAUGCAAUUAAAACAGUGACUAUUUAUUUGUAAAAUUUGUGUGAACAGUUCUUCAUACAUAUUUCUAUUUUGAUAUUAACUCAUCUCUUUUAUAUUGUUCAAGCCUUUAGAUAAGCACCCUAUUGACUAUUGCAUGAUGUAAACCUAUUAUAUUGUGGAAUUUAUGUUUUAAAAUGUCUUGUUGCAUUCAAACUUGUAAUAGAAUUAAAAUG